AAAGAUGUGUUUACAUGUAUAUUGUUACUUAUCUACAAGUUAGACGAAUAUAUUCAAUUAAAGAAAACCAGUGAUCCUAGUCAUUUAAGCCAGUAUUAUGGAAUGGUUAAAAUAUUUUCAUGUUUAAUUAUCUAGUAAGAAUGUUUUGUGGUGAAUUUGAAACUGAUGAACUAUCCAACAUUAAUGUUGAAGGCAAUCCUGGUAUUAAAGCAUCAUCAUCUUCAUCAAUUUCUUGUGGAUGUAUAGAAAGUACAUCUAGUCUUAAUAAUCCAAAUAAAAUUAGCUCACGAAUACUUGAAGAUGCUGCAUUAAAAUUAUGGUCUAAUUUAAAUUUGGACAGAAUAAAUUUCAAUAACGAAUUGUUGAAAUUAACUGCAAAGUUACAAGAAAAUAUUGCUAUUAAUUUAAAUCAUCAACAUCAAAAUCAUCAUCAUUGUAACGACGACAGUGUUAAUGAUAAUAACAGUAAUAAGUUAGCACAGAUUUUAUCUCUGUCUAACUUCAAAAUAAAUCCAUCAUUGUCAUCAUCAUGUUCCCAAUCAACAUCGUCAUCUUCUAUAAUACAUGAUAAUACGAAAAAUAAUGGCAACACUACUGCCACUACUAUAAGUACCAAUAGUGACAUUCCAUUAUCGCUAACUAGUUAUUCAACUGUAUCACAAAUUGCUCAGUUUGCAUCGGCUGCUAACCUUUUCAAUUCUACUGGAGUUGAUCUACAUUGUCCCACUAAUUUUUAUACAAUUCAAAAUGAUAAACUGAUUACUACUAGUUAUAAUACUGAUGCUCAUACAAAUAUUGCUGAAAACUUAAUUUCUAACAGUUUGCCCACAACUAUUACUUCCAAUACAAACACUUUAGUAUCUUGGAACAGUACUACGUCUUUUACAAAUUACACAACUGCUCACUUCAUUGAUAAUUCUUUUCGAAACCAAGCCAAAAAUUUCAAUUUGAAGACUGAAAAUGAAACUUCAUUUCAUGUACCACAGCAACAACUGAAUCUGCCUGAUUAUUAUCAUCAUCACCAAGAACAACAACAAACAACGAAAUUAAACUUUUGUGCAGCACAAGAUGAGGAAAUAAACAACUCAGUUGAAUUGAAACAGACAAAAUCGUCAACAGAAUUAAUCAAAACUAAACAGACAUUAUAUUGUUGUUCCAUAUGCCGACAAAGAUUUCAUUCAAACACUGGUCUAAGACGUCAUAAUUUAGCUUUACAUGCAACCAAAGCUAUGAAAUGUGACCAAUGUGUGAAAGUUUUCAGACAUCAAUCAGCUUUAUCUGAUCAUAAAAAACGUGUUCAUGGUCCACGUGAAUAUAUUUGUGGUAUAUGCUCUGCAGAUUUCGCUACAGAAACUUAUCUACGUUCUCAUGUACGAAUUCAUGAUGAGAAACGAUUUGUUUGUUUAGAAUGCAAACAUGGUUUUUCAAAUCCAUCUGAUUUAAAAAAUCAUAUGCGAAUACAUAAUGAUGAAAAACCAUUUGAAUGUGAAGUGUGUGGAAAAGCAUUUCGCCAUGUUAGUGGAUUUUAUGCUCAUAUACGAAUUCAUACAGGUGAAACACCAUAUCAAUGUGAAUUGUGUGCAAAGAAAUUUAGUAAUGCAAGCAAUUUUCGCAUGCACAGAAGGGUACAUACAAAAGAAAUGCAAUUCCGGUAAACUUUUCACUCUCAAAAUUAUUUAAGUAUUAUAAAUAUAUCGAUUGUUUGCUGAAAAAUUGAUACUGUGAGCGUUAUUUCAUAAUUAGAGGAAAAGGAACUUAAUAAUUUGAACUAGCAUGAUAUAGCUCAAAAGGCGUUCUCAGUUGGGUCAAAUUUAUUCAAUAAGUUACAUUUCAAUAGAUCAUGUGACCUGAUUUUCAACUUUUCAGAUAUUUCUCUAGAUUUACCCAAAUAUGCUAUUUAAGUGGAAACCGAUGGCAGGUUUUUUACUAGUUGACACUUGUUUGAUGAUUAUACGUUUAUUCUCAAGUAGCUAAUGAACUAGAUAGGAUUCGAACCCGCUUUACGUGCCGUUGCAGUUUAAAGUGCUCCUAUCAAAGUAACUCAAAUUUUGUCGGUCUCCUAUUGGACAUUAACGAAGUAUUAACUAAUGGCGAAAUUUUCUAAUCCAUAAUCCUAAUCGAAUCAUAUUGAACAAGCUGUGAUUGAUCAUUAUCUCAAUACAUUAAUAUAAUUCAGAUGAAAGAAUCAGUUUACUCGAAGCUAGAACACUUCAGUUAUUGUGCAGUUUCUAUUUCACAAAUUAUCAUGGACCUUUCUAUUCAAAUGAUGAUGUUAAUUUCUUUCUCUUUUAUUUAAUGACGAGAUAAUUUAUUUAUAAACAACAGCCUAAGAUACAAACAUACGUAAGUUACUUUCUUACACUUAGCAAAAUGGGAUUUAUUAUUUGAACCUUCAAACAAAUGACCAUCACUGACAUGAAUGAUAAAUAUUAUUCGAAAAGUCGGAGGCAUUAUUAUUUGUGAUUCUGUCAAACAUGCGGUAAAGAAUUUAUUCAACCAAGUAACUACAGUCGACACUUAAGAAUACAUACAAAAGAAAAACCUUAUUCAUGUAAUUUAUGCUCCGCAAAAUUUCUUUAUUCAACUUCUUUAAAACGACAUCAACAACGUCAUCAUGGUUUAGAAUUAUUAAGAUGUCAAUUAUGUCAGAAAACAUUUUUAAAUGAAUCAUGUCUUAUUCGACAUCGUACUGGUUGUGAAUUACGCGCUUGUGUUAAAACGGCAGAUGAAGAAUUAUACACUCAUUUAUUAUAAAACUAAUAAUAUAAAGAAAAUCUAUCUACAUUUAACAUGAUAAUUCUCUUUAUACAAAUAGAAAAUAAUAAUAAUGUGUCAACUUACAUUAUGAAUGAUAAAUAAUGAGUAGAUUGUAAAUCUUGUUUCGUUUAAUUUAUCUUUUUAUUCGAUAAAAUAAAUGUUCACUUAUUUUUUUACACAUCCAGAAGAAGAUUAUCAACAUGGUAACUAUGAGCACUAUUUUUAUUUGAACUAUCUCACCAUACUAUUUUUUUUAAAGAAAAAAUCUUUGAUGAUAAAUAUUUUACGUCAUUUUUUUCUUUUUUUUAUAUUAAACCACUUUUUAUUGGUUUAUUUUUGCAGUUUGUUUUUCAGUUUUUAAAAUCAGAUAAUGUGCUUUAUCAUACCUUAACGUUUAUUUUUGUGAGAUAAUAUUCGUAACAAUGAGAAUUAAAAUAAUAAAAUUUAUAUUUCUUUUUUCACA